AUCUCCUCCUUUCAAUAUCUCUGGCCACACCGCGCCAUACACCAAACGGCAGAAAACGUACCGCGAAGUCUGUUCAAGAACGUUUUGGGGAAACGUACAAACCGUUCCGCAAUGUAGUUAACGUUCAAGUGAACUGAACGUACAUUGUAGUCAUUGCAUGAUUUUAACUACAUUGCCCUCCUGCCCCAGUUCAGGCUCUGCCUAAAAGAAAAUGCUGCAAAGUGUCGUAAAACAGUUUUCCAUGCAGCAGCUAGCGUACAAGGUGUAAAGGGAUGGUGCUCUAAAAACGCAAAUUUUCAAAUCGAACUUGAAAUUCAUGAAGAUUUUCCUCAGACAACUUGCAAGGCUAAAGCAUGGAGGACAUGGAAGACGACUACAACCAUAACUACUGUGCGAACAGUGCCAGUGGACAAGUCCUCUAUCUCAGGAAUGAACUGUCAGAUGUACCCCAGCCCCUAUCUAUCUCACCGGGUCUAGCCACGCGAGAUGUAGCUGCGCAGGAGAACCACUCAAAGGUUUGUUCCAGUUCCAGCAGCAGUUUAAAGUUCAUGGAUUCAGACUCGAGCAGCGUGAGCAGUGACACCAGCGAGACUGACAGCCCAUCGGCGGCGUCCAUCGCAGGGAAACUGACCCUGAACUCAGCCUCAAAGUUUCUAAUGAAUGCAAUGACCGAAGAGGACUAUAGAACCACAUACUGGCCGAACCUGGAGAAAGCCAUUGACCACCUGCUAAUACAAAACCCCAUGGACCACAUCUCCAUUUCAUAUGAGCAGAUUUACAGCUGUGUGUACAAGUGUGUUUGUCAACAGCACUCUGAGCUACUGUACAAAGACUUGAUUCUGAAGAUUACUACCCAUCUUCAACAAGUCUCUUCUGAUCUUCAAAUUAGUCCACCACGGAAUUUAAUAGAGAAUUUCAACAUUGCUCUAACUCGGUACACAGAUGCUCUUCAAUGCAUAGUUCCCGUAUUCAUCUACAUGAAUAAGUUCUACAUUGAAACGAAGCUAAACCGAGACCUGCGAGAAGAUCUCAUGAAGCUUUUUACCGAUCAUGUUGCAGAAAAACAUGUAGACACAUUAAUACCUCUUCUCCUCGAAGCCCAUUCCAUGCCGUUUCAAGUCAGACCUUCAACAAUGGCCAGUGUGGUCAAAGGCUUGUAUACUCUUUGGCCCGAUUGGGCACAUUUAGCCCCAGCUGUCUUCUCUGGAUUCAUUCCUCAAAUCAACCCCCCAACAGUGGAAUCCCAGCUCUCUGACUAUGCUGCUCGUGACCAGAAACUACAAAUGGAGCUAUCUCUGAAUGGUUUUCCAAGAGGUGACCAGUCUCGCAAGAGAGCCAGCGAGGAGUCUGCAUAGAAUAAGGAUGAUGCAUCCAUUGCUUGCUAUUGACUUUAAAAAUAUGCUCUGACCGUCAGCGACCUGGCUCAACCCAAAUUGACAAAACACUGUGAAUGACGAAGAUUCUCUGAUGCUGAGUGGGUGAGCGUCAGCCAAGCUUCAUUUUUGACCCACGUGAGUUGUAGUGGACACUGUUUCUUUGCCUCCUCUGAAAAGCACAGUGAAUUAAUGAUGGUGCACCAUUGUUCUUUCAGUUUUUGAUGAUAAAUUCAUCUUUAUUGUUAAGAUACUACGAGGUUUACUGGGUUUGUUCUUAUUUUUCCAUUAAAGUGUGCCUUCUGCUCUGCUUUGUUGGGAUAUUCAAGUUGCCUAACAGAUGCCAUUUUAGGCUCCCGAGUGGCGCAGCGGUAUAAAGCACUGCAUCUCAGUGCUAGAGGCAUCACUACAGACCUGGUUUGAUUCCAGGCUGUGUCACAACCGGCCGCGAUUGGGAGUCCCAUAGGGCGCCGCACAAUUGGCCCAGCGUCGUCCGGGUUAGGGCUUGGCCGUCAUUGUAAAUAAGAAUAUUUUCUUAACUGACUUGCCAAGUUAAAUAAAUACAAUAAAAAAACAGGUGGAUGGGCAUGAAUCCCAGUUUGACCACAUAUUGUAUACUGUGUCAAUCAUGGGUCGUGUUCAUUAGGGCAUGCGGCAAAAAAAAAAAUGGACAGAUAUAUUUUACAAUGGAAAACAAAAAGGCUUGUUUCUGAUUGGACAAAUCUGGGUAGUCCCUCCCUUUUCCAUUCUUUUUUUAAACUAAUGAACAUGGCCCUGAUCUCUAACCGGGACCACCCGCAUCUCCUGUUGGUCUUAUUGAGUAACUGACAGUCUGCUGCUAUUCCUCAUUUGUUGUUGUGUAGAACACUUGAUUCCUGUCUCUUGUUUAACUAAUAUUGUGUCCCUUUUUGUAUCAGUCAGGUCAGUCUUGAUUCUCCUCAGUGAUUUUUAAGAUAAAGGGGCUUGUCUUUGUAAUCUCGGCACACAUUUAAAAUGUCUAUCAUGGCAACUUUAAACCAAUCCACCUCUCAAGUCUUGUUUAUCUGGGAUUUACAGAAUAAAAUCUGUCCGGCAUAACAGUAUUUCUUUCUCAAUGGGUACAAAAAGCAGCAAAGCAUGUUCCUUUACAUUUUGAGUAAAGUUUAGGUUAUAACUGUGAAAAGGUUGUGUAGAUCAUUUUUUUAAAGGAUUACAUUUCGCUUUUAUUGAGUUGCUGUCUAACCAAAUCAUAUUUGCCAAGCACGCUAAAGAUGAUUCACAAUGUUUUUAUUCCCUGUUAUUAAAAGUUGCAUUGCGACUCCAGAAAUGAUGGCGUCAGUCUCCCCAUGUUGCUGCUGUUGCUGCAUUAGGCUGUGCAUUAUAUCAAGUCACUGAGCCAAUUGAUUACAAUCAAAUUUUGAAAAAUGUUGUGAAUUUGGUUACAGUGAUGAUGUCAAAUAAUGUACAGUAGAUGGAUGUUGAAUAAUCCUGCUGUUCUCUCAAGUUGCCCAGAUGAUGAUCAAUUUGACCUUCCUUUGUUACAUGUUUAUGUUGAGUGAAAGUAUUUGAUUUACAGCUCUUUGCACUGUUUUAAGUGUAAUGUGAUGCUCGAGCUUGGUUGUGAUUGUUUUCCUGUGAGGAUGUUGGAGAUGACUCACUCAUUGUCUUAUGUACAGUUUUACUUUCAAUAAACACAUCUUGAAAAUUAUGUAUAUUAUCACCUGUG